GUCCCAAAAAUCCCAACCCGGUUUCGGAGCUUCUACCAGCGCCCAAUCGAACAAGACAGCGGAGUAGUUGCUGCUUUUUGGUGACAAACGAAUGCCUCGUACAGGCGCAUCGUGCCCCCUGUUCGAGCUUAAGCCAAAGGGGAACCUACCGUGAAAGGUCCUGCAAAAUUCCUUAGCACGUUCAGUUUAAUAACGCGAAUAUAUACCGCAGCUGAUCCUGCUUCUUGAUCAGGACUGUUGCUCCUUCGCUAGUUGGUUCAUUCGUUCGUAUGCGGAUCGCUACUCGGCAGGAAUACACGCUAUGGGAUUUUAUCAUUCACUUCUAUCAACAUUUGCCAUCCUGGCAGGAUAGUUUUACGGUUGGAACCUGCUGCUUGCAAGAUUGUAGAACCUGCGAUUAGAUCAGCUAGAGUUGAACUGUUUUCAUUGAGGAUACAUCAUCGUAUGACUGGUGCACCUUUGGAAUUGGGAAGAUACAAACUACGAUCACAUGAAACUCAGAUAUGCUUCUAAUGAUAAUUUGCAUAAUGGGAAAUUAUACUUGCCUAUGAGUAUUUUUUUGCUACUAGGCAAUUUAUUGAAGUCCUUGGUUCAUUUGAAAGAUCCAUGAAUUAUAGUACAGUGACAGUUACUGUGAAUUGGAGGUAACGUGAGCCAGGGUGGUUUUCCUGUAGCACAAAGGUGCCUAUUACGGGAAAUGUCAUUAUGGGAUCAUCAGCUGGUUUCUGACUGUCUGUAAAGGACGGUUUAUCAAGGACGGAAUACCGUCCGUGAAAUCACAACCUGGUGAAGCUACCAAUGUGCUUCCUGUCUAUGCUCAGUGCCUGUAGAAUCUUUCAUGAAUGUCCAGUGGAACGUCCCCACAGCCAUGGACGUUGACUGUCCAAUAGUCAGCCUAAAGCGGUCCAGUAGCGCUCCAAUGAUCAACGAAAUCAGUGCCGUCACAAUGUCUGUCACUUCACCGUCAACGUCUACUCCAAGGGAUGCUGUUUCUACCUUCAACGUCUUCUCUAACGCUCCCCGUGCCCGACGUUUCAGUACCAGCAGUCCUGGUGGAAUACCAAGAUUAACACCAAGAGUAAGUCAACUUCGCCAGGAAGAAUGUGUCGACGUAGUAGGUAGGGAGGCAGCUCACGAGAAGGAGAUUCACAGCGCAAUGCAAAUGUCACAAUCCUGGGAAGACUUAACUCUCGAAGCUGAAGGAUUAUCUUUCAAGGAUUCUGAAUCUCCCUCGCAACAACUCAACAAGUCAGAACGACAAAUGAGCAAAAGAGUCUUUGAUUCGUUGAGCUUAAAUCUAACAGUGGGUGGACCUCCUCUGUGCUCCUCGCCUUCGCCCACCAGGUCAGGUUUAGGUCAGCGACAGUGUUACUCUCCGAGUAUCCAUAUGGUCAAUUGGAAGAGCAGUCUUUCACCUAGUCCAACGAGAAAAGCCUUUGCUACAAGACGUAGUCUUAGCCCAAUAGCCAUCAGACCAAGUUGCUUAGGUCCUGUAAAAAGAAAAUUCGAAUUGGAUGAUACAGGCUCUGACCAACAACUACAGCCACCAGCCAAAAGGACUUCCAGUCUCGUUAUUUCAAAUUCCACCAGGCUGGACACAAUAGCAAGUCCAUUGCCAGGUACUAUAAGUUCAGUAGGGACACCGGAAUCAUUAUCAAGUGCAGACUCGCCCAGUUUUUCCUUCAGACCAGUAGAUAGUCCGUCACCGGGUCGAGUUUUAUCAAGCGGUGACGAACCUAUGUCGGACUCGAGCGACCAGGCGAAGCUCUCCGAUCAUCAGAUACAAUGCAGGGAUCAUCAAGUGUCCAGGAAUCACAGAGGUUUUGUCGGGAUCUACCUGAUCGCUACUUGCCCAAAGGUGCCACAGCUGAACGCAGACGUAUUCGUUUCGUUCUACAACCUAUUACUAUACUAUAACUAUUUACUACUAUCGCUACCACCCAUUACUACACUACCAUUAUUACGGCUAAUACCACUACACUACUAUUACAAAACUAUUACCACUAUCCAUGCCCCGAAGAAGUGAUUCGCAGUACUCUCAGUCAAGGGUAACUGUACUUGAUCAUUUUUAUAAAGGCAUCUUAAUACAGCCAAUAUUGAAAGUAAGGGAUUUAUGUAUCAAAAGCAUUACUAAUAUGGUUUUGUAUGUUUAAUAGUAUCCGAUACAGUUUCUUUGAUUUACAGUAUGAUAUACUGAUAUACUGUACUAUAUCAUUAUCCUGUGUACUGUAUCGUACUGUAAUUAGGGCUAGUCAAAUUUUGAUUUUUCUUCUAUGAACUCUUGUACAAUUAUGAAAUCUUCGGGGUAUGGAGAUCUAUAGGGUUUUCAGUGUUACUCGAGCUUACCCCGUCCCAAUGCACUUUUGUAAUUAAUAUACAUUAUUCCCCACGUGUUAGAUAAUCCCCGUAUACCAGAUAUCCAUAAUGGAGUGCAAAACGAUUAUGAUUACCUUGGCUCAAGUCACAUUGAAAAUCCUGAUCAAAUUGUCCAAUACUACCAAUUAAAGCAUACCAUUGUCUCGCAAAGCCAAAAGAGAAUGUCGUCGUUCUAGUGAAAAUCUGAAUCCUCAUUGAUAACCAAUGUAAUCGGUAUGAGUAAUCAAAAUUUACCAAAAUGUUAAGCGAACUAAUUUAUCUUUCUAACAUUUUUGAGAUAACGACGACCAUCCUCUACGUAAUUAUGCCCGGGAUGAAAUGGUUAUACCUUAUUACAAGAGGUAGAUUUAUUAGUGAAAAGAAAAACAAAAAAUAUUUAUAGAAAA